UAGGUAACAGUUCGAUUGUGUUUUCUUUUGAGAUGCCAUAACUGGCAGCCGUAACGAUUCAGUGUUAAAUACUAUUGUUUCGUUAGUUUGUUCCACACUGGCUAUGUGUCUUUAAGUGCUUAGUGUUGUAAAAACUAGAAUCGAAAGCCUGGCACAACGUUGUGAAAUAAUCUCGCCAGCGAAUCACACUUCGAAAAAGUGAUAACACAAGAAAAAGUAAACGGCAUCAGAAAUGUCACUGCUUGUGACACGACGUAUUGGAAGCCUUAUAAAUGUGCGUUUCUCGAGGUACCUCAGCACACACACCAUGCUGCUAUCGAAAGAAAACUUCGACUAUGACCUGGUGGUCAUCGGAGGUGGCUCUGGGGGUUUGGCCUGUGCCAAGGAAGCCGUACAGUUUGGCGCAAAGGUAGCGGUGCUGGAUUUUGUGAAACCAUCGCCACGCGGUACGAAGUGGGGUCUUGGCGGAACGUGCGUGAAUGUCGGUUGCAUUCCGAAGAAGCUGAUGCAUCAAGCGUCUCUCCUUGGCGAGGCUAUACAUGAUUCUCAAGCGUACGGAUGGAAGUUUGCACAGCCGGAAUCGGUCAAACAUGAUUGGGCUACGUUGACGGAGUCGGUGCAGAAUCACAUAAAGUCAGUGAACUGGGUUACGCGAGUGGAUUUGCGUGAUAAAAAAGUCGAGUACAUCAAUGGUUUCGGUUACUUCAAGGAUGCACACAACAUUGUGGCUGUGUUGAAGAAUCAAACUGAACGAACACUGAGCGCAAAAUACGUAGUCAUUGCCACUGGAGGACGUCCACGAUAUCCCAACAUCGAAGGUGCAGUGGAACACGGAAUCACCAGUGACGAUAUUUUCAGUUUGCCAAAUGAACCGGGAAAGACGCUGAUUGUCGGUGCCGGAUACAUUGGAUUAGAGUGCGCAGGUUUUCUGCAUGGAUUCGGUUAUGAUGCCACCGUGAUGGUGCGCUCGAUUUUGCUGCGUGGUUUCGAUCAACAGAUGGCUACCAUGGUCGGUGAUGCCAUGGUAGAGAAAGGGAUCAAGUUUUUGCAUAAAACCCAACCGCAGUCCGUAGAGAAACAAGCAGACGGCCGUUUGUUGGUGAAGUACGUUUCCGACGAUGGCCAGGAGGGUUCCGAUGUCUACGAUACCGUUUUGUUUGCGAUUGGCCGAACCGCUUGCACUCUGGAUCUGAAACUGGAUCAAGCUGGGGUGGUAACCGCCGAAGGAGGGAAGUCCGAUAAGUUGGAUGUAGACACUUUAGAGCAAACCAAUGUGAAAAACAUCUUCGCCGUUGGUGAUGUUCUUUACAAAAGGCCAGAAUUGACACCGGUGGCCAUCCAUGCCGGACGACUGCUCGCACGUCGGUUGUUCAAUAACCAAACCGACGUUAUGGAUUACGCCGACGUAGCCACAACGGUAUUUUCCCCUCUGGAAUACGGCUGCGUUGGAAUGAGUGAGGAAGCAGCCGAAGAAAAGUUCGGCAAGGAUAAAGUGGAAGUUUAUCACGCGUACUACAAACCGACCGAAUUUUUCGUUCCACAACGUAGUGUCCGGUACUGUUACUUGAAGGCUAUAGCGCUUCUCGAAGGGGACCAAAAGGUACUAGGUUUACAUUUUCUUGGACCGGUUGCCGGCGAAGUGAUUCAAGGUUUCGCUGCGGCCGUUAAGUCUGGACUCACGAUGAAAAUCCUCAAGAACACUGUCGGCAUUCAUCCAACGGUGGCGGAAGAAUUCACCCGAUUGUUGAUUACCAAGAGCUCCGGACUGGAUCCUACACCGGCUACGUGCUGUAGCUAAGCUCCCUCAAUACCCACAUUCGACUGAUUGGAUGUUCGUUAAACUGUAUUAUGCUGGAAGCCGAAUGUAUCUCAAUGUAAUUGAGUUAGUUUUUCUUCAUACUGUUUAAAUUCAUAGAAUAAAACAACAACAAAAAAUCAAGCUGAUAGACACCAUCGAAUUUUUGAACGCUUAUAUUUAAGUUGAUCUUAACAUCACCGAUUGGCACACAGAAGGAAUGCUCAUAGAUAAGAACAAUGAGUCGAGAUUCAACGAUCUUUCGAACGUAACUAAAUCUAAUUAUCUUGAGUACAUUGUCCAAAAGGCACAUCUAUCUGCAUUGCGUGACAUUGAUAAUAAAACACUCAUUGUGAACACGUA